GGAGGAGGAGGAGCACCAAGCCCGGCACCUUCCCCAUUGCGGCGGCGGCGGCUGACUGGCCGAGGAGUUCGGGCGCUCUCCCGCCUCGUCCCCUCCAAUGGAGCCGCCAGCUGCCGCCGCCACCGCCGCUCUUUUCCUGGGCGGGAACGAGCAGCAGUUCUACGCCGAGCUCUUCUCGCUUUGCUGCCGCGGCAGCGGCCAAACUGCGCCCGAGGCGGGAACAGGAGCAGCCCUAGCCGCUGGGGGGAGCAAAGUGGCGGAGCUCUUCAGGGCGUCGCAGCUGCCUCCGGAGACGCUUCAUCAGAUUACAGAAUUGUGUGGUGCUAAACGUGUUGGAUAUUUUGGGCGUGCUCAGUUUUAUAUUGCUUUGAAGCUCAUUGCAGCUGCGCAGUCUGGUAUCCCUAUACGAAUAGAGAGCAUUCAGAAUGAAUUACCCUUGCCUCGAUUUAUGGCCCUGAAAAUUGAUAAUGAACAGAAGCACAGUCAUCCUGUGGAAGCACAUGGAGCUAAAUUUCAGACACCACAUGCAACAGUUGAAAAAAACUCUUUCAGAAGAUUGGAGGAAGGGGACAAACAGCAAGAUGCAAAGUCUCCUCCUCUGUCUCCCAUUGGUUCACCACCGGCUUCUCCAUCAAGCUACCAGAGAAUUCCCCUAAGUUAUGGGUAUGGCAUACUGAGGAGCGGGCUUGAACAGCAGCAUGGAGGUCCCUAUGAAAGUAGACAUUCUACACACCAACAAGAAGGACCGACAUCAGGGAAUUAUGGGUCCAAAUCAGGGCCAGCACAUUCUUCUCUCACACGGUCUCUUUCAGUAGAGAGAGAACCACAGGACAGUGGUAGUAAUUACCCAGAUGACCCCUGGAGGAUAACUGAGGAACAACGCGAGUAUUAUAUCAACCAGUUCAAGUCUCUACAACCUGACUUGAACUCUUUCAUUUCAGGUUCAGUGGCUAAGAACUUCUUCACAAAAUCUAAGCUGCCCAUCCCUGAACUUUCGCACAUAUGGGAACUUAGUGAUGUAGACUGCGAUGGAGCAUUGACAUUACUGGAAUUCUGUGCUGCCUUUCAUCUUGUGGUUGCUCGGAAAAAUGGUUAUCCUUUGCCGGACACUCUGCCAGAGACUUUGAUGCCUGAUUAUCUUCAAGCAGCUUCCCUUAAGCCUAAAUGUGACUGUGUGUUGAAUUCUUAUUCAGAAUCAUUGUCAGUAGGUCAACAAACAAGAGACUUCAGUAGGACUGAGUUGGAAACUGUCCGUGAGCAUCCAAACAACUCGGAGCCAUUGAUUCUCUUUGAGACAGCUUCUGUUGAGCCAGAGACAUGUCUUGAAGACACACCUGAUAAAAUUGCCCUGACACAGGAUGCAAUUAAUGAUGACAAACAAGGUCUAAAAAUUAGUGCAUCAGCCCAGACAAUACCAAAGGAAUGUAAAGUAUCUCAGCACUUGUCUGUUAAAACAGUUGUUCAGGAAUCAACCACUCUCAAAGCAAGACCAAGGUCAAGGUCUUAUUCUAGCACAUCUAUUGAAGAUGCAAUGAAAAAAGGGGGAGAACCUCCAACUCCUCCACCAAGGCCACAGAAAUCACAUUCCAGAGCAUCUUCCUUAGAUCUAAAUAGAAUGUUCCAGCAAAACACACAAGCUAGGGCUGGCUGGCUACCCCUGCCUCCUGCUCUGCCUCCCAGGCCUCCUACUUCACAGGUUUCUCAUCAUAUCACAAAUGCUGAACCAAAUGCUCAGCUCAAAUCAAGCUACAAAGACUUCAGACUUGAAGAACAGAUGGAGCAAGAAUCUGAGAUGGAAUUGCAUUUGCCAACUACCAGAGCCUCAUCACAGGUAGAAGAAAGCAGCCCAGUAAAAAAGGAGGUUUUGCUUACUCAGCCACCCUCAAAACCAGUUCGCAGGAAAUUCCGACCUGAAGGCCAGAUGCUAGAAAAUCAGGAGCUUUCUCCCACCAGAAAUCUAGCAUCUUCCUUGGCUACCAUCAAGCCCCUCCAUUCAGUUCCAAAACAAUCUUCAAAACAGAAGAAAGCUAUUCAGACAGCUAUUCGUAAAAACAAAGAAGCUAAUGCGGUGCUUGCUAGGUUAAACAGUGAACUUCAGCAACAGCUAAAGGAAGUUCAUAAAGAACGUACUGCCUUGGAAACCCAGUUGGAGCAGCUCCGACCUGUGACUGUCUUAUGACAGUCUAUAAUAGAACCUUUAUGCACCAAGAGACUGUAUCAACAUCACAUAUUGUCAUAAUGUUUUUGCUAAGGCAACACCAUGGAGGAAAAAUGAUGACCAGAUUUCUUUUGCAUUUCUUGCACCAGUUUAUCUUGCAGGUGGGAAAAGAUACACAUUCUGAAUGUCAAACCCUAUGCCUAUGAUAUCAAACAGUUCCUCCAUUGAUCCUUUAGGAAUGCAACAGUUGAAAGUCAUCUCUCUCUCAUUACUAUUUUGUUAUUUAUUUCAGCUAUGUUUGAUUUAUAUGCAUGUGUUUUGGAGGGACCAAUCUUCCAGGAAAUUUGUUCGUAUUUUAAUUCAUACUGGAAAGUCAUUCCUUAGAUGUCUGUAGUUUUUCAAGGUCUCUCUAGUUUUAGGAUAACUGUAUGUCGCAUCUGCAGAAAUUUGUAUUCUUUAUGUACCUUACUGAUGACACAUAGGUGUAAUGCACCAGCCUCAUUUUGAAAGUGUAACACACGCAUUCUUUCUUCUAAAAGCUUUCACUAUUCACUGGCUCCCUGCCUAUGUCAUCAAUCAGUGCACCUAAGCCCUUCUGCUUCAGUUGCCAUUGGCACUCCUUUGGUGUUGGUAGGAAUGGGGUGCCACAAGCUGCACCAUAUGGAUUGCGACACUUUGUUGCUGUUCUAAUCAGAUGCAAGUUUGCAUGUUUAAUCACCAGCACAUCUGUCCCUGUAGCUAAGUUCAUAGGGUUCAUCUGUUUGCACUAGCAUGUGCAGUGCCCUGACACUGGUGUUCAUUUUUUGCUCUCCAUGCUGUUGCAGUAAUCAAGUCCAGGGCAUAUGCUACCAUUGAUAGAGAACAUCCUCCCCUUAUAAGUGAUGCUAUGGAGUCCCUAAGCAUACUGAUACAAUUGUGUUCUCUAUCAGCAUGGCUGGCUUUGUCAGUUGUGCCCUCAGUCUUUUAUAUUUUACUGACUAAAUGCUAUCAAGUAAUGCAAAAUUUAAAUCCAAAACAUAGAUACCUACUGAUUAUUACAAUUGCAUUUUUGAUUGCUUGUCUUGUAAGAUACAACCAGCAGGGAAAGUUAGCAGCAAGCAUUCCCCCUAUGCUGCCUGUUUGUCAGUAAAACUUGACUUAUUUACUUGAAAAACUGUACUUGGUUUAUGUCCUGAAAACAUCAGUGAAGUCCCCAUAUAAUUUUAUUUCCACUUGGGACUAAUAGUUCUAGCUUUGUUACCAUGGUGACUGUCUUGGUCAUCUUUCCAGUUCAGCUUAGCUUAGGAAAUCCUACUGAACUCAGUAUGACUUCAUUUCAAUAAACAGACAUAAAGAUAUGUCUAAAUAUUGCCUUAAUAGCAUGUCUAACAGUCUAGAUUGCACCCAAAAUAAUGUUCUUUGAUUUGCAUAUGGAGAGUACUCUGACAAUAGGAAAAGAGAUAUUCUGAGGGAAAGGACAUACAGAAUAAGUUUUUACCAUUAGCAGUCUUAUCAUGUAUACAGUUUAGCUUUUUGGAUAGGUUAUUCUGCAUCAUCACAAAACGUAGCAAGAAUUUCACAAUCUGUAAUUUCCCCUUUCCUUAAAAUGUUCCACAUUUUACUAUUCUUAUACAGCAAGUAUAAUUCCAGAAAUUAGAAGACCUUACUAAUUACUACUAGAUAGGCAAAGAUAUCCUUUGAGAAUCAAUGUUUUAGUUUUUUAUAUAGCAAAAGUCUUUAAUUGUUUUGAUAAAAAAUCAUUACUUGUGAUUAAAUUUAAUAAUGAGAUUAAAUGUUUUAAAAUAGA